UGACCCGAGCCAAAGUCGGACACUUAACCCACUGAGCUACCCAGGUGCCUCGAUAUUUUACUUUAAUUAAGUGAGAAAGGUAAAAGCUACAACAGAAACUUUUUGAGUUUGUUUUUUGCUGUGGUUCCUCAUUAACACCUAUAGUAAAAGCAUGGUGUUUUAUUUUACAUUUAAUUUCUGUCAGAAAAAUGAAGACAGGGGCGCCUGGGUGGCGCAGUCGGUUAAGCGUCCGACUUCAGCCAGGUCACGAUCUCGCGGUCCGGGAGUUUGAGCCCCGCGUCAGAAAAAUGAAGACCACUUUGUCAAUAUUCUAUGUGGAUUAAAUACAUGUAGAGAGAAAUAUGGCAUUGAGGAGUGUGAACCUGAGUUCACUUUUAGAAUUUUUUAAAACCUUUGUUGCUACAGAAAUUUCAUAUUUACUGUUAAGAUCUAUCCUAUAGGAGAUGGUUCUGGUUGCAGUAGUUUCUUGGCAAAGGACAGAAAGAGAAAGAGAGAGGUAUCUCUGAUUACUGAGUCCAAAGAUCACACGUAUGCCAAAGGCACCACAGAGGGCAAGCUUCCAGUUUUAAGUGAAAAAUGGCUUCGCAGGAAAGGUAACACCUACCUUCAGAGGUCUUUCCAUGAAUUAAUACUGGCCAGCAGAACAUGAAAAUCUUAAGAUUUGGCCACUGCAUAUGCAUAAGUCCUAAUUUUCUACCUGCCGCUACUAUGUAUUACUUCAACAAAUGAUAGAAACCCGUAAGCUGGGACUCCUGCUUAAAAAGUAUGUGGCUUUUCAACUUAGUUUUAAUAUUCUUGAAGGAAACAGCUACUAACCAAAGCUGGCGUGUCUUUUAAAACAAUUAUUGUCUCCAAUGGCCAGUGCAAUUGGUAUGAAAAGCAAACUUCUGCCCUCUGUGCAGAUGCUGGGAAACCCUGUGAACAGAACUGUCCCCUGGAGCGCCCAUCACUCAUUGUGUGGAGCAGUGUCUUUCUCCAUGAGCACUGUGUGGCAGUUCAUUCUUUGUAUGAAUCUGUGAAUGGCAUAUGUCAGGCCAAUAAGACGACAUUCCUAUUCUGGGUAAUAAAUAGAUGCCUUGUGGGUUUUUUUUUUUCUUUUUUCUUUUUUUUUCUUUUUUCUCAAAGAUCAUGAGACAAAACAUGCUUGGCUGUCUAAAAAUUUUCAUUGAAAUACAAAUAAAAAUUUCAAAAUAAAAACCUCACAGUAUCUUUGAAAACGUAUGACUUUUAAUAGAACAAAACAAAUACUUAUCAUUUAAACUAAGCACUUCAUACAGACCAUGCAAACUCCCUUUUGGAAAUUCUGCUCCCUUUGUGGUCUGAUGGCUCCAAAAGCUAGAAAGCCUCAUUUGUCUCCUCUCAAGGUCUUCUGUCCCUCAUCUGAACUUAAUUAGAAAUACCUGCCAGGAUUCACUGACACAAACAACCACAAUUUGAUUUAUCUAUUUUAGAAACCCAGGACCACGUAAGCUGUAUGCCAUGCCCAGGGCUGCUCUCAGCUCAGACCGGAGUCAGCUCCUGCUGGCCUGUGUGGCCUCUCCUUACACUGGCACGCUGUGUGUGGAGCGCUGGCCCUGGCCAUGAGCAGGGACGGCAGGACGAGGGAUAUAUGUUGGGUAAAGGAGAAAAACGGAAGUUUGACGAGCAUGAAGAUGGGCUGGAAGGCAAAAUCCUGUCUCCCUCCGAUGGGCCAUCCAAGGUGUCUUACACCUUACAGCGCCAGACUAUCUUCAACAUUUCCCUUAUGAAACUCUAUAACCACAGGCCCCUCACCGAGCCCAGCUUGCAAAAGACCGUUCUGAUCAACAACAUGUUGCGGCGGAUCCAGGAGGAGCUCAAACAGGAAGGCAGCCUGAGGCCGGUGUUCGCCUCCGCCGCCGCCGCCGCCGCCGCCGCCGCCACCGCCUCCCCCCCGCCCGACUCGCUGAGCGACAGCUACCGGGAGGCGGCGCCGCCCGCCCUCAGCGCCCCCGCGCCCCCGCCCGCGCACGCCUGCGACCUCGGGAGCACUACGCCGCUGGACGCCUGCCUCACGCCCGCCUCGCUGCUCGAGGACGACGCCGACGACACGUUUUGCACUUCCCCGGCCGCGCCGCCCGCGGCUGCCGCCAGACUGUCGGCCCCAGCGCCCCCGCCGGAGAAGGACAGCUUCUCCUCCGCCCUGGACGAGAUCGAGGAGCUCUGUCCCACGUCUACCUCCCCCGGGGCCGCAGCCGCAGCGCCCGACAGCUCCCGAGGGGGCUCCGGCGCGCCGGGCGGCCCGAAACCCGAAGACCCGAAGCUGAUGGACUCUCUGCCCGGGAACUUCGAAAUCACGACGUCCACGGGGUUUCUGACAGACUUGACCCUGGACGACAUCCUGUUUGCCGACAUCGACACGUCCAUGUACGACUUCGACCCCUGCACGUCCGCCUCGGGGCCGGCCUCGAAGAUGGCCCCGGUGUCGGCCGACGACCUCCUCAAGACUCUGGCCCCUUACAGCAGUCAGCCGGUCGCCCCGAGUCAGCCUUUCAAAAUGGACCUCACGGAGCUGGACCACAUCAUGGAGGUGCUGGUCGGGUCCUAAGAGCCCCGGCCCGGCGCCCGCGCCGCCCAGACCCUGCGAGUGUCCCUGCACCCCACAGCUCUCCGCACUGUGCAUGCACCCUUGCUUGCCUUUUUCAGAGGAAAAGAUCGUUUUACAAAAGGAUCACACUAGUUUUUGCUUUGAGCAGAGUUGGAGUGCCUUCAUCCACGUCUGACCACUUUUAAUAUGCUUUUUUUUUUUUUUUUUGAGUGGUCCUCGGAGACCUACUGCCCUGGAAUAGGAGAGAAUGCUUUUGAAGACAAUGUGGCUAUGCUGAAUGACAGAAAUAAACAGUUCAAGUGAAGCACAAGGAAUAAGUUGGAAAAGCUGUAAAUUGCAUGUGCAUAUUUGUCUAUUUUUUCUAUAAGUUUUAUUGCAAGAGGUAAAAAGAGAAAAUAUAUAUAUAUAUUAUUUAGAUAAUCUCAGUACCUUUUCUGGCAUUUUCGCCCUGUAUAGGUUGACUUGGCAAUUCAGCCUUUUUAGAGGCAUUAACUACUCCUCCUAAGUGUUGCAUUUACAUGGCUGUUUAGAAACUGCUGCCCAAAUUUAUUUUAUAUUUUUGUACAGAUUCUGCAGUUUAUGAUAUUGUUUUUCUAAAAACAAAUGCUGUUUAUACAUAUGAGAUAGCUAUUUUGAUAGGAUUUGCUCACAUAGUUCCUGCAAACUUCAGAUGUACAAGUUGCACUUGUACUUUUAUAGAGUUGUAAUGUUUUAUAUGUGUUUGGUGCAAAGAGAAAAUUGGGUCAAAUUAAUCCGCAGUUGAUGUCCCCAAAUGCAAACACACACACACACACACACACACACACACACACACACACUGCUUUCAGAAAGGGCCAGGCAAUAUCACACCCAAAUUUCACAGGCACCAACCCCCUGGCAUGAACACCCGCCAGCACUGUGACUUCCAAAGCCAGAGCCGCGUCUGCUCAUCAAACUUGCAUUAAGCAGUUGGCGGGAGAUGGCCACGGAGCUGGGGGGUUGAGGUGAUGGUUCUCUUUAGCUCCCUCUCUUGAGGGGAAGCCUACCGAAUACUCACUGUAUUUAUGCCAAGUUUGUGCUUUUAAUUGUUUUUAUUUUUUUAAACAAAACCCCAACUCUUUCCCUUUUGGCGUAAUUUUUACGAUGACCUGAAAUUUUACAUGAGAACAAAAUUUUCUGAAAAUUAACCAACCUCUUUGUGGAACGAAACCCUAUUGCGGAUGCUUAGGGCUCGUAAGGAAGAAACUACCCCCAGAAGGCAUCCACCGUGUUGCUCAGUUGUCUUUUCCAGCUUCCCUUCCCUAGAGCUUUCGUUCCCUCUGUUGCUAAGUGCUGAAAAUGUCAUCUUCACGAUCACCACAGCGAGCUCCGCUCACCUCUGCCCAGCCUGGGGAUGCUGUCUUGUAACAGCCGUGGCUCUAGAACCUGGAGUUGGUACCAUUAUGUCACAGCUUCCAAUCUGGUUGCUUCCUUGAAUCAACUGCUUUAACUACACUUUUACAAGGCUGUUUUACCCAAAUAACACAGACAGGACUUUCUAUGCAUGUUUCUCCUCCUUCCCCUUGCCUCCCUGCCACCCCCCCCCCCCCCCCCCCCCCCCCCCCCCCCCGGAACACUUGAGAAGUCGCUCUUUAUUCCUAGUGGUGUACAUUUAAUUUUAAAACACUUGCAGUGUAUCAUGCUUGUUGCCGAAAUUGUUGAUGGCCUUUUCGUUUCAGUUUUUUUCUUUCUUCCAAUGGUACUUUAGCUGGUUACAACCUAUAUUGUUGAAAUGCAGAUGGCUUCUUUAGGAAUAACUUUUAUAUUUAUUUAAGAAUUUUUAAAUUAUGGGAUUUGUGUUGUUGUUGUUGUCUUUGUUGUUGGUCAUUUGUCAAUAUUCAGUCACCAGUUCUGCUCACUUCUUGCCAUGGAUAAAAAUUGAGUCCUUCUGGCCAAUUAAAAAAAGACAGCUUUAUAAAAUGGCACUUUAAACAAGCCAUAGAUAGUUUUAUUUUUAUAAUGCACAUGGCAAAGCAAACACAUUUGUGAUGAAGGAACUGCUCGUCUAAGCAAACGAUUUCUGUAUGAUAUGAUUAAACUUUUCUGUAUUCGAAUUUACUUUUCCCCCACUUGAAUGUGUUUUUAAAGGCUAAUUGUCAACUCAGUAGAGCAGUGAGAAACAGAUCAAAUUGCACUUGUUCGCCUGCGGGCAACCUCUGCCUGGACACCUCUUACUGCUGCAGACGCGUCAUCUCCUUUGAUAGGACCGGGGACCAUAGAGUUAAGGUGAGGGUUGUUGUAGAUGCUUCCGGUGUCACUGUGCCUGUCCAUUUUAAGAGCUUCCUUUUCCUGUGGAGAACAAGUCAGUCCAGACGCCAUGCUUUCGAUAACGGGAGGACCCGGCGGGCUCGCCACAUGCCGCACACAUACACACACGUAUACAGACACAAUAGUGUUGAUUAUUCUGAACAAUAACAGGGGAAGGCGGUUGAUUUGCCAUUGUUAAAAACUGAUUUACAGUAACUUACAACAACUGUACUUUGGUUGGAUUAGCAAAUCAUGUGUUUAAACAAAUCCCAUAUGUUGGGCAACAGUUCAAAUAAGCACAGCAAAGUGUUGCCCAAACAUGGUUCUCUGACUCUCUCAUAUUUGUAAGGCUGGGCUUCAAAACCAAAACAGAAAACCCCCAACAACAGCGGGCAAAUGCUUUUUAACUCUGGACACCCUUGCCACAAAGGCUUGACGUUGGAGGUCUGCUGAGGAAGACGUGGGAAAUCGGUGGCCCGUUUCUAAAAGAACAAAACCGUCGAGUGUUCAAGUUAUCUUAGUCUUACUUUCACAAGGCGGUGUCCCAGCGGGGAAGCACGCGGGCCUGGGUGUGAUCUCCAAGUCCCUGUCUUGAGUGUGGGAUGUGCUUCCAGAUGCCACGGGGCAGCAGCGCCUUCCCCCUUUCUAAAGGACAUCGCGUGGCAUUCAGAGUCAGGCAGGCGGUUGGAGGUGCUUUUACGGGAAAGACGUGCCGGGUGGGGCUGGGAGAGGAAAAUUAUUGACAGUGAUGUGCAAUGAAGUGACAAGAUGAGAGCAGAAUAAUAAGAGCUUUGAAUUUGAAGUGAUUUGUUUUCAUAAGUUAUUUAUUCCUUUUUUUUUUUCCAUGUAAAUAUAUUUAUUUUACUGUGGAGCUCUAACAACAUCUGGAUCGUAACAUGUGCAGAAUGUAUGGUAGGAAUGUAUUCUCUUGUAGGAAUGUCAAUCUGUAUUCAGAGGGGGUCCGAGCCAGACCCCUGGGUCUUCUCAUCGUGUAUGCUCAGCCCACAUUCAGUUUUCUCCUCUUCUCUCAUCUAGGUCUAUUUGAAAUAUGCAAAAGGUAUGGAUGAGGAAUGUUUCAAUACCUCCAAAUUUUUAAGAAAAUCAAGCAUCAAAGGGUUGAUAUUUUUAAAACUUUUUUUAGCAACACUUUCUCUUCCUGACAGAAGGGGCAAUCACACCGACACCCUCGUUCACACCAAAGGGUGGGAACUGGCCAGAGCCUCCACUGCACCUCGAGUGUCUUUAUCAAUUGAGCUUUUAUUGCCAUAUCCCCGUGGAAUAUCCCAACUGCCCUGAGGUCAAUCAAGGAAAAUUUCUUGAAUACAUAAGCUCCAAAGAGCCAAAGUAUCAUCUUACAGAUCGUUUUUAAAGCUUAAAUUUAUCAACCACCUUUGUGGUAAACAAUGAAUUAUGAAUACUGCAGGGCAGCCUUCUUAAAUGACAGAUGUAAAAAAAAAAAAAAAAAAAAAAAAGACUCUACUUUGUGCAGCGAUUGUUACCCGCUAUAUGAAUUGUCUUAGUUUCAAAACCUUGCUGUUACAAAUUGGACCUUUCUCCAUUUUCUGAGAAUAUUGAAAAGAGCAUAUUUAACUUGUUCUGGCUGCAAAUGGUUAACUUCCUGCGACUGCCGAAGGCAGCGAGGUGUGUGCGUCCUGCUUGUGUACAAUUGUUCUCAGUGCUUCUUAAGGGUGAGUCUAAAUGGUUCUUGAAAAUUAGCCAGGAUCAAAUGCUGUUGCAGACAAAGCCAAUAAAAAUGUUGGAUGUCUUUUGGGGAUACCAAGUUUGGAAGAGAAGUGCAGUCCGUACAAGCAAACAAGCUUUUGGAAAAGAUGUACAUAGUGACAUGUUUGGUGCAUGGUUUUUGAGGAAGGCUUUUGUCAAAAAGGAGGUGUAACCUUUCCCCCACAGACCUGAGAGCUGUGCCUUUUCUAUGCAAUAUUACAGACGUUACAUCGGAACCCAGAUAGCUGUAUUCACGUGUAGGUUUGGGCUGUAAUCUAAACAAUUGGACAGAUUAAAUGUACAUGGAAAUGAGCAGUCUUACUUUUGUAGUUUUAUAUUAUACAAUAAACAGUUAAAAGAUGA